AUGUUGGCAGCUGUUGAUUCUGAUGAAGAUUUUAGCUCUGACGAUGACAAUGUUACCGGUACUAGCUCCAUGCCGCAUCCAUCAAAUGAGUAUUAUGAUAUUGGCGAUCCACUAUUUGAAUGUCGAUAUUGCUCGGCAUUAAUGUGGUAUCAAGAGAGGAUGGAGAAACACAAGCACUCGGCAAAUCCUAAAUAUUCAUUGUGUUGUGGUAACGGGAAAGUUGAGUUACCUUUCUUGAAAACACCGCCUCCUGAUCUAACAAAACUGCUUUUUGAUCAUGAUUCACUAAUCAGCAGAAAAUUCCAACAACAAAUACGAGUUUACAACAUGAUGUUCGCAUUCACAUCUCCUGGUGCCAAGUUGGAUAACAAGUACAACAAUGGUUGUGGACCACCCACAAUACGCAUUCAAGGUCAAUCUUGCCAUCAAAUCGGGAGUCUGUUACCAGCACAGGGGCAAAAACCAAAGUUCGCACAACUAUACGUCUAUGGCACCGAAAAUGAAGUUGAAAAUAGAAUGGAUGGUCUAAGGAAUUCCACAGAUAUUGACCCAUCCAUUGUUCAACAACUUUCUGCAAUGUUGUACGGACAUAAGGCACAUGCAAAAAGCUUCCAAAUGGCAAGGGAAAGAAUUAACAAUGAUAACGUCCACAACUUAAAGCUGAGACACAUUUCUGAUUGCAAAACAGAUGGUAGGAUCUACAAUCAACCUACUGUGUCUGAAGUUGCAGCGUUAAUUGAUGAUUAUAGACCUGACGUGGCUCAUCGAGAUUUGGAGAUAUUUGAUGAUAACAAACGUAAUUGUCUCACAAUUAGAGAGUGGCUUGCAUUUCAGAUUCAAUCCAUAUCCGAUGAGGCAAAAACUUUGUUAUCAUCAAGAAGAUUAUUUCAACAAUUUUUGGUUGAUGGGUACACCAUGAUGGAGUCUAAAAGAUUAACACGGCUCCGUAACAAUCAGUCAAAGUUAAGAGUUUCUAAAUAUAAUAAUCUCAAUGAAGAGGGUGAUGAAAGUGUAGCACUUGGGUCCAGCACAGGUAAAAGAGUUGUAUUGCCAUCAUCCUACGUUGGAAAUCGAAGGUUCAUGGAUCAACUUUAUUAUGACGGAAUGGCUAUUUGUAGCAAAGUUGGGUUUCCAGAUUUGUUCAUAACUUUUACCUGCAAUCCUAAUUGGCCGGAGAUACAAAGAGUACUCGGAACUCUUCACUUGAAACCUCAAGAUAGACCAGAUAUCAUUUCAAGGAUCUUCAAAUUGAAGUUUGAUGAACUUCUAUCCGAUUUAACCAAGAAGGGUAUCUUUGGCAAAACAUGUACACUAUUGAAUUCCAAAAAAAAAGGAUUGCCACAUGCCCAUAUUCUAAUUUUCUUGCAUCCUUCAAACAAAUACCCAGCACCUUCUGACAUUGAUAGAAUUAUUUCGGCCGAAAUACCAAAUCCGGUGUUGGAACCAAGGAUGUAUAAUUUGGUUAAGACUCAUAUGGUGCAUGGUCCUUGUGGCCUUGCUAAUAUGAAUUCACCAUGCAUGAAAGAGGGGAAGUGUUCUAAAUAUUAUCUAAAAAAGUUUCAAAGUACAACUGUAGUCGAUCAAGAUGGAUAUCCUAUUUAUAGAAGGAGAGAUAAUGGAAACACAAUUGACAAAAAUGGAAUAAUACUGCAUAACGGUCAUGUCGUUCCUCAUAACCCGAAUCUGUUGUUGAAGUAUGAAGCACACAUCAACAUGGAAUGGUGCAACCAAAGUACUUCAAUCAAAUACUUAUUCAAGUAUAUAAACAAGGGGUCUGAUAGAAUUUCUGCUGUUAUUGUUCCAUCUGAGUCAACCAACAGGCCUGGUGAUAAAAAUGUUGAUGAGAUUAAACAAUAUCUAGAUUGUAGAUAUGUUUCACCCAGUGAAGCAUGCUGGAGAAUCUUCUCAUACUCAAUACAUGGAAGAAAACCUACUAUGGAGAGAUUGUUCUUUCACUUGGAAGGUGUUUACUACCGAGAUUACGAAUAA